UGACCACGCCCCUCUGCCCGCCCCCAGGCCUAGGCUCAGCUUUCUUGCCCCGCCCUCUUGUUUGGCCUCGCCCAGAGGGAGGAUUGGCCGCUUGCCCUCAAAUUUCCGCCUGGCCCCGCCCUUCAUCCAGCCCCGCCCAUGCCACGCCCCUUCUUUUACAUUAUUUCCACCAGAGUCGCUUCUGCUCUGGAGGGCCCCACUGAUCAGCCUGACCUAGCCUUGCUUUUCGGUCCGCUGCAGCAGGGGCGCUGUCCCCGGAGCCCAGGACGCAGGGUCGAGUGAGGCGAGACUGCCCUUCCAAGACCCUAGUUCCCCUAGGAUCCUUCCUCCUUUGGGGCCCUCUGCUUCCAGCUAGGGGUCUGGGCAGUACCUUGGCCAGCGGCCCCAAAGAUCGGCCGUGGAGUUGGGAUGAGAGGGCUAGGGUUCUCUGAAGACCCUAGUACUGCAUUGCCGCCCUCUCCAUGUUCCCAGGCUCCUGCCCUAUGUGAAGCGCUGACAAUAAACCUCUCUGUGCCCCAGCGUGCCACCUCUCCAUGGACACCUGGUCCCCAACCACUCUGUGCAGUCUCCUCAUCAUGUGAUGAUGCUCUGGGGGGGCUGAAGUGAAUAUGAACGAGUGAAGGGACCUAACCUCUCUGAACUGAAUGGUCAGCAGUUGCUAAGGGAGAGCUCAUUAGGGUCUGGGUGUGGACCUCCUGCCCCGUAUGCUCAUCAAGGUCUAUAGUGUGUCAAUAACAAUAAAAGGGUUUAGCUAGGUUAGCUGAGACGCCUCCCAAUGGACUUUCACACUUUUCACCAGAUCCUCCCCAAAGCCUGGUGAGGCAGUACUGGGCAGUAGUUAAGGGCACAGAUUGGUGGUGGAGUCACAGACCAGGGUUUGAAUAUUAGUUCUGACUUUUGUUUGCUGUGUGACCUUGGGCAAAUUCAAUUUCAUCAUCUGUAAGAUACGGACUUCGUAGAGCUGAUGAGAGAUUUAAAUGCGAUAGUGUACUUAACCUGUGCAAGUCUCAUGUCCUCAUCUGGUAAAUUGCAGUAUCUGUCUCAUAGGGUUGUGGUGGAGGUUAAAUGAACAAAUAGGUGUAAAGUGCUCAGAACAGUGCCUGGCACAUAGUAAGUGUAUAAUAAGAGUUAUCAGCAAUGCGGGUAUUCGUAUUUGUAUACAUAUUCAUAUUAAGUGUCUGGCAAUUACCAAGUGCUCAAAUAAAUGGCAUGUGAAGGGGAUUCCCUGGUGGUCUAUUGGCACUCUGCAGUUUCACUGGCAGGGCCAGGGUUCAAUCCCUGAUCAGGGAACUAAGAUUCCACAAGCCUCCAUUGCAUGCCACUGGGCUCUUUGAAUUGGUUUUUUGAGGGCUCAUUCAGUGUGGACCAGAGUCUGGGAAGUCUGGUGGAGGAGGCUGUUGGAGAUGGUGAGGUGGGUCAUUACAGGCAGCAGAGGGGGACAGAUCAUUCAUGAGGAGCUGUGAUGCUGGGAGGAUGGCCAGGAUGGUGCCAGGUGUGUCACAUCACCAGCUUUCACGAUUUCCGUCUCCCAACCAUAGAGAUGAAUGUUCCCUUGAUAGAUGCUGUAGCAGGCUCAGAGAGGAUCAGCACACUGCAGAAUUCUCAGGGUCCCUGAGGAGUCCAAGGCUUGAGAGUUUCUGCAAAACUCCCAGGAUGCUCCGCAGCCCCAAGAAGCCCCCUGACCAUGUCUCACAUUUGGGAAGCUCUAGAAGAGGGGUGACCUGUCUAUCCCCCAGGAGGAAAAGCAGUGACUUCCCCAUCUUUAGGAGGUCGGUCUGGGGUCCUUCGAGCCUCUCCUGGGCAUAGGACUCCCAUUGUUCCAGCCCCCCUCUUGUACCUCAGACUAGCCAAACCGGUUCUGGGAAAGGGGGGCGGGGAGCAGGCACGUUGAGACAGCCGCCUGCCUGCCCGCGAGGUUCCCUCCGCCCUCGCCUCCCCUCUCUCUGCCCCACACAAUACCCAGGAGCUUGCAUUGCCUGGCUCAGGGGCCAUGCUGACAUCGCCCCCUGAGGACCUGGCUGCAACCCCAGAGCCCCCAGGGUGGCCUGGAGUCCUGGACCGUGCUGGAGGCUGGACGGAGCUCCCUGGCUGAGGUAGGGCCCCCCACUGGCUGCCAGCAACCCCAUCCUCCUCCCGCCAGUCUUCCCAAGUGAGUCCUUUGUGCCGCCCGCCUGGCCUCUGAUCCUGGCCCCCACACUUAUGGCCUCUUGGGGCUCCGCAGCCUGCCUGGCCUGUAUUCCCUUCCCCGUCAUGACCUCCUACUUGGCCUUGUCCCUUAAGGAGAAGAGGGGCCCUGGCAGGGCCCUAUUCCUCGGGCAGCAGGGCAGGGAGCACUAGGGAGGGGGCAGGGAAAAGCUGGGCACAGGAGGUCAGAGAUGCUUUCUCCGGACCACAGUAAUGUCCAGGGACCUCGCCUGCCAGCCUCGCCCAGGGGGCCCAUUGUCUAUGUGAUUGGCAGUGCCCACUGGAUGGGACCCUCCCUGGCCCUGCCCAUCCUUCUCAGCCUGCAGAGAUACUCACGAUGACAAGUGUUUCUUAGGUGGGGCAGCUGAGAGGGGCCCUAGGGGCUACUCUACAGAUGGGGACACUCAGGCCCAGGCCCAGGCUAUGAUUUGCCUAAGGCCACACAGCUGGUCAGCGUCAACCCAGGGCCUUGAACAAUGUUUCCCAUGUGGCUUCCACAAUGACCCUUGCCUAGUGGGCACUAGAGUAUCCUGUGACAAAAUCUUGGGCAGGUAUUGUCCCUGUUACCUGGGGCCAGUCUCUUCCUAAGGUUUUUUUUCUUUUUUUUUUUUCUAGCAGAGAUAAGCUAUAAACACUAUGAACAUAGCUCUGCCCCUCCUUGGUCCCCAGCAAUGAGGUUGAGUGGACCACAUCCAUGGAAGGCCACAGCGCUGGCAUCCUGGCUAGAUGGGUCAUUCUCAUUGUCCCUUGGCCUGGACAGAGGUGGAGGCUGACCCACCCCUGACUUCCUUCCUAGGGACCUGCCUCCAGCCUUGUCUCCCCCAAGGAAGCCUUAUACCCCCCCCCCAUUUACCCAGCCUUCUCCUCUUAAUAGGGGGUGCUACUUGGAAUUCCCUGGUUGUCCAGUGGUUAGGACUCUGUGCUUCCACUGCAGGGGGCACAGGUUCAGUCCCUGUUUGGGAGACUAAGAUCCUGCAUGCCGUGUAACAAAAAAAAUUUUUAAGAAAAUUGGGGGUGCUCCUGUCCCAAGGACUCCAUGUUUUGCUCAUUUAUCCCUGCAACUGACAAGGGUAGGGAAUUCCUCCCUGUCCUCUAGGGGCUUCUAGAACCCAGGUGGAGAGAAUCUCCCAGAAUGCAAGGGAGCAGAGGCACGUGUGUAUUCUUACACACGUGUACCCACAGAAGCAAGUGGGACUUCUGUGUGGAGGACUUCUGAUUCCAGCAGAGAAAAACUGUCUGGUGGGCAGUGGUCUCUUAUGUCUCCUGCCACAUGCUCCUACAAAAUAGGCUGUGUCUUACCUUCACUGCCUCAGUUUCCCUACCUUUGGGAUGGCCCAAGCCAUCCCUCUGACUACAAUAACACUCAGAAUAAUGGCUAUCAACUGCAAAGCUCCCACUAUGUGCAAGGUGAUUUAUAUACAUUAUUCUUGUUCUUUUUUUUUUUUUUUGGCCUCGGGGGUGUGGCAUGUGGCAUCUUAGUUCCCUGACCAGGGAUUUGAACCUGUGCUCCCUGCAUUGGGAGUGUGGAGUCUUAACCACUGAACCACCAGGGAAGUUCCCCUGAAGUAUUCUUAAUUCUCAUAUUAGCGUUUUGAAGCAUGACUAUCCUAUAUACCAGAUAAGGAAACAGAGAGACUUGCUCCCUGUGGGGAGGGUCUGGAGGAAUUCCUUAGGAGCAGCCACCCCACCAGUACUCCAGGCAGGGGAUGAAGAAAGCAGGGGGAAGCAGGUUGAGGGGUUGCUACAGAGUGGGGCCCAGUCACAGAUCUAGCCGUCCCCCACUGGGUUCUCCCCUCCUUCCCUCUCUCCCAGGGUCACUGACACUGUCACUGUUUCUCUCACGCAAAGACUUUCUUCCUAUGUCCAUGUAUUGGGUCCCUGGGUAUUUCAGCCAGAACAGUCGCUGUUACCUCUUCCAGGAAGCCUUCCUGGAAUGCCCGGGUUGAACUGAGCCCAGCACCCUAAUCUGACGGUUCCUCUGGGUUGGCUUUUGCCAACCUGGAUUGUAACUGUUUUCAUCUUUGGCUUCCCUACGAGAUGGGCAAUCCCUUGGGUCAUGAAACAUUUGCCCAUCUGUCCUCACAGUUUUUCUGGGCUUCACAUCUGUCUCUGAAUAUCUGGUCUGUCUGAAAUUUUCAGUGUCUCUGUCUCUCUGUCUCCAUCCCUGGGUCCCUGAAUGUCUCAGUGUCUGUGGUUUUCUGGUUUGGAGUGCUUUGGGAUCUUGGUUUCUGGGUUGCUAUCUAAAGGGUCUCAGUUCUCCAGGUCUCAGUCCCUCGGGUUCUUGGUCUCUGUCUCCUGCGUCUCCUGGCCCUGCGAGGCUGGUCACUGCCCGUUUGGCCUGAGGGGGCCUCUGGGGGGGGUCCUCACUGCCCAGCCUGCCCACAGCGAGGCCAGGCUAGGGGAGGCCCCCGCCCAGCCCGCUGCCUGUUCCCUCCCUCCCUACCCGCUUGCCUCACCACAGGGUUUGAUGAAUCAAACUCUUUGUCUGGGUGGGAUCUCCCCCAGCCAGCUGGGCAGAGAGAGGGCUUCCCCUGCCGGAGCAGCCGAACAUCAGCAGUGGGCCUCGGCUGGAGAGGCCCAGGUGGGUGGCAGAGCAGAGGAGGAAUGGACUGUGGGCCACCUGCCACCCUCCAGUCCCAUCUGGCUGGGCCACCUGGCACUGCCCACCGCCCAGUAGCUGUGUGCCAGCAGGAGAGUCUGUCCUUUGCAGAGCUACCCCCCCUGCAGCCCCCGAGCCCUGUGUGUCUGGAUCUCUUCCCCGUCACUCCAGAGGAGCUGCGGGCAUCUGGCAGCCGCUGGUCUCUGGGGACCCCUGCUCCUCUCCAAGGGCUGCUAUGGCCACCAUCCCCAGGAGGCCCAGACACCGAGAUCUCUACCAGUGGGGGAAUGCGGCCCAGCAGGGCUGGCAGCUGGCCACACUGUCCUAGUGCCCAGCCCCCAGCUCUGGAGAGACCCUGGAGUCCCCAGCACCCACAGCCACAGCGCCGGGCCAGCCAUGGCUCAGAGAAGAAGUCUGCCUGGCGCAAGAUGCGGGUGUACCAGCGAGAAGAGGCCCUUGGCAGCCCCGAGGCCCAUGCUGUCUUCCUGGAGCCAAGCCAGGCGACAGAGCAGACCCUGAGUACAGAGGAGCCUAGGCCGCUGGAGCUGCCUGGGUCCACCCGAGCGGGCCUCGAGGGACCUGAGCGGAGGCGCUUCUCAGCCUCUGAACUGAUGACCCGGCUGCACUCUUCUCUGCGCCUGGGGCGGAAUUCGGCAGCCAGGGCACUGAACCCAGGGUCAGGCGCUGGAGCUGCCCGAGAAGGGAAAGCAUCUGCAAGAGAGUCACGCAGUGUAGAGAUGAGGGUGGACGCUAUGGCGAUGCCGGCUCCUGUUGACCUGAGCCAUGGCAGCUGGCCGGAGCCCAGGCUGGAUGCGCAGGUAGAGCCGGCUCCGGGUUCCAGCAGCACCAGCGAGCGGCGCCAGUCACGCUUCCUCCUUAACUCCGUCCUCUACCAGGAAUACAGCGACGUGGCCAGCGCCCGCGAACUGCGGCGGCAGCAGCGCGAGGAGGAGGGCGCGGGGGACGAGGCCGAGGGCGCGGAGGAGGGGCCCGGGCCGCCGCGCGCCAACCUCUCCCCGAGCAGCUCCUUCCGGGCGCAGCGCUCUGCACGAGGCUCCACCUUCUCGCUGUGGCAGGACAUCCCCGACGUGCGCGGCAGCGGCGUCCUGGCCACGCUGAGCCUGCGCGACUGUAAACUGCAGGAGGCCAAGUUCGAGCUGAUCACGUCUGAGGCCUCAUACAUCCACAGCCUGUCGGUGGCCGUGGGCCACUUCUUAGGCUCGGCCGAGCUGAGUGAGUGUCUUGGGGCGCAGGACAAGCAGUGGCUGUUCUCCAAACUGCCCGAGGUCAAGAGCACCAGUGAGAGGUUCCUCCAGGACCUAGAGCAGCGGCUGGAGGCAGAUGUCCUGCGCUUCAGCGUGUGCGAUGUUGUGUUGCACAACUGUCCAGCCUUCCGUCGCGUCUACCUGCCCUAUGUUACCAACCAGGCCUACCAGGAGCGCACCUACCAGCGCCUGCUCCUGGAGAACCCCAAGUUCCCCAGCAUCCUGGCUCGCCUGGAGGAGUCUCCCGUGUGCCAGCGUCUGCCCCUCACCUCCUUCCUCAUCCUGCCAUUUCAGAGGAUCACCCGCCUCAAGAUGCUGGUGGAGAACAUCCUGAAGCGGACAGCACAGGGCUCUGAAGAUGAAGACAUGGCCACCAAGGCCUUCAAUGCCCUCAAGGAGCUGGUGCAAGAGUGCAACGCCAGUGUGCAGUCCAUGAAGAGGACAGAGGAGCUCAUCCACCUGAGCAAGAAGAUCCACUUUGAGGGCAAGAUCUUCCCGCUGAUCUCUCAGGCCCGCUGGCUGGUUCGGCAUGGGGAGCUGGUAGAGCUGGCACCCCUGCCCGCAGCACCCCCUGCCAAGCUGAAGCUGUCCAGCAAGGCAGUCUACCUGCACCUUUUCAAUGACUGCCUACUGCUCUCCCGGAGGAAGGAGCUGGGGAAGUUCGCCGUCUUUGUCCAUGCCAAGAUGGCCGAGCUGCAGGUGAAGGACUUGAGCCUGAAGCUCCAGGGCAUCCCUGGCCAUGUGUUCCUCCUUCAGCUCCUCCACGGGCAGCACAUGAAGCACCAGUUCCUACUGAGGGCGCGGACAGAAAGUGAGAAGCAGCGAUGGAUCUCAGCCAUGUGCCCCUCCAGCCCUCAGGAGGACAAGGAGGUCAUCAGCGAGGGGAAAGACCGCCCCCAGGUUCAGUGUGUCAGGACAUACAAGGCACUGCAGCCAGAUGAGCUGACCUUGGAGAAGACUGACAUCCUGGCAGUGAGGACCCGGACCAGUGAUGGCUGGCUGGAGGGGGUCCGCCUGGCAGAUGGUGAGAAGGGGUGGGUGCCCCAGGCCUACGUGGAAGAGAUCAGCAGUCUCAGUGCCCGCCUCCGAAACCUCCGGGAAAAUAAGCGGAUCACAAGUGCCACCAGCAAACUGGGGGAGCCCCCCAUGUGAUGGGCAGCCAUGGCCUGGGACACCAGCUCCACGCCCGGUUCCUGGACAGGUCUGGAGGGGGCCUGCAGUGUCUCCAUGCCCCAAGCUGCUGCUGCUGGGACUUUUGUUCCGAGGGCUGGCAUCGAGGGUAGAGGCUGGACACGGGAGGGGGUUGCCUCCAAAGAGUCUCCCCUGUCCUCAUACUCCUCAGUGUCCACAGUUCAGGGACGAGGGUAGUUUCUUCCUCUGGCUUCGGGGCCACAACUUGUGACUUCUGAUAUCUGGCAAGGACUGGAGCCUUCUCCCUUUCCUGCCCUUGACCCUGUCCUGACUCUUAGCCCCUCUGGCAGGGACCUGGCUGGCAAUUACUCCAGUGCUGAUGGGUGCUGGGACCUAUAUAUGUACAUGCAUCUGGAGCCUUCUGGCCUGAGCCUGUGUGGGCCCUGGUUGCUGUGACUUGUCUGUAAAUAAACUCCCAUGAUUCCUUUGCUUAGCGUCUGUGAGCCUUUUGGUGCAGCCUCCACCCGAGCCCCAUUUCCCCAGCUAAAGAUCAGGAGGGUCUCUGGAUCCCUCCCACCGGAGAUUGGCCCUUCUGUAGAGUUCACCUCUUAACCAGAAGAAGGUGAGAGGGGCUGUAUAUCAGACUGCUUUUGGCUGCAGUUAACGAAAUAUCAGAUUCAAAUAGGCUGAACUAUUAAAGAGAAUGUAUUAGUUCUUGGAUUUGUUUCUCACAGCUUCUUUAACAAAUUUUCACACACUAGGUGACUUAAGGCAACAAAAAUUUAUUCUAUCACAAUUCUGGAGACCAGAAGUCUGAAAUCGGUAUCAUUGAGCCAAAAUCCAGCUGUUGGCAGGGCUGUGCUCUGUCUUGUGGAGGAGAUGUGCUCUAGGGGAGAAUUGUUCCUGGCCUCUUCCAGCUUCUGGUGGCUGCCAGCAUUCUAUGGCUUGUGGCCGCACCACUCUAAUCUCUGCCUCUGUGGUCACAUUGCCUUCUUCGUGUGUCUGUCUAAUCUCCCUCUGCCUCCCUCUUAUAAGGAUACUCUGCAUUUAAGGUUGCAUUUGGGGCCCGCCCAGAUAAUCUCCCCAUCCCAUAAUCCUUAAUUUUAACCCAUCUGCAAAGAACCCCCCUCCCCUGCCUUUGUCCUAUAAGAUAAUAUUCACAGGUUCCAGGGAUUAGGAUGUGGGUAUCUUGGUGGGGGGCAAGGGGGAAGCAUUUCUCAGCCAACUGAGAAGUGUAGUGGCAGACUGGGCUUCAGGUAAGGCCUGAUCCAGUGGCUCAUCGAUGUCACUCACAACCCAGCUUUUUCCAUUUUUGUACUCUGUUGUCUUUAAGAUUGGCUUCAUCCUAAGGCUUCCAGGGCCUUCUUAAUUUACAUCCAACGUGGAAGAAGAGAAUUGUCUUUGUCCUAGCAUUCCCUGUCAAAGUUCUGGAAUGUUUUAGACCUGCUUGUGUCACAUGGCUACCUCUGGGCUGAUCACAGUGGCCAGAUGAUGGUGUGUGCUAAUAGACCUAGCCUAAGUCAGGUACUUUAUUAUUUCUGGAACCAGGUA